UUUUUCGAGCAUUUUUGUGCACUUUAGUUGUUAUCAAGGGAGGCAGAACGUGAAAAACCAAUAGUAAUAUGGAAUAAGACGAUCUAAUAUAGCCAGUAAAAGAAAAAGAGAGACAUAGUUUAGUGAACAAUAAAUAAAACAACACAAACAGUUACGAAAACUCUUAAAUAAAAUAUUGUUUUUAAUUCAAACACUAACGCUCCUUGCCCGAGCUGGCAACCCUGCUGCCCGCUCUCUCGCGCCCGCUCUCAUUCGGUGCUGCAAAAUGCCGCUCGGCCAGUGUUGCUCAACUCGCGACCGCCGUCUGAUUUUUACCAGCUAAAAAUGUUUUGUGUGUGUUUGUUUAAUGUUUCUGUUGUUUAAGAGCGCAAAACAAAUGCGAAAACUCAAUGAAAAUGAAGUGAAAAACUGAGCUGAAUGUGUGUGCGCGAUGCAUUUCCUCGCAGAGAGCGAGGAUCGAACCCUGCCGCCCCCCGCCUCCCCCCGCGCGAAUCGUUAAACGCGCCAGGAAAUGAGAAAUCAUAAAAAGAUUAUGAACGAAAUAAUGUGAAUAUUAGUACGUACGUACAUGUGUUUGUCGCCGCAAGGUGUGUGUGUGUAACAAAUAACAACAAAUGCUGGCCAUGUUAUCUAGCAUUUUUAAAGAAGAAACGAAGUCAGCGGCCGAAUAAAUAAACAAAAAACGAGAAUGCGCGACAACUAGUGUAAAUUUGUGUUGUUGUUGUUGUUGUUGCUGCUGUCGGAACCCCCGCCUCUCGCACACACACACACACGCACGCUCUCCCACUCACACACACUACCGCACACACUCAGCCUCCCAGGAAAAUAAUUAAAAGUUAAAAACAAAAACAUAUUAAAAUUAACCAAAAUUAUUGAGGAUUUCAAGUUCUUGGAUUCACUAAACCCACAAAAUGCAGGCCAAAAAGCGUUACAUUUUGGUCUUUGUGUCCUGCGCUUUUUUGGCCUACGCCUAUUUCGGGGGAUAUCGCCUGAAAGUUUCGCCCCUGAGACCCCGUAGAGCCCAGCACGAAUCGGCCAAAGACGGCGGAGUCCAACCCCACGAGCAGUUACCUAGUUUUAUGGGUUCCCCGGAUCUGCAGGAACUGCAGCUACUGCAACGCAAUCUAACGAAGAGUUCGGAUAACUCAAAGUCCCACCAGGUACUCCCUCGUAAACCCGACUGUCGCAUGGAGACCUGUUUCGACUUUACGCGCUGUUAUGAUCGCUUUUUGGUCUAUAUCUAUCCACCGGAACCCCUAAACUCCCUCGGCGCUGCCCCGCCCACCUCGGCCAACUAUCAAAAGAUACUCACUGCCAUCCAGGAAUCGAGAUAUCAUACUAAUGAUCCCACGGCCGCCUGUCUUUUUGUACUCGGUAUCGAUACCCUGGAUCGAGACUCGCUAUCCGAGGAUUAUGUUCGGAAUGUGCCAUCUAGAUUGGCGAGACUGCCGCAUUGGAAUAAUGGAAGGAACCACAUUAUCUUUAAUCUAUACUCUGGAACCUGGCCGGAUUACGCGGAGAACUCUUUGGGUUUUGAUGCGGGAGAGGCCAUUUUGGCCAAGGCCAGCAUGGGAGUACUGCAACUGCGGCACGGAUUCGACGUCAGCAUACCGCUCUUCCACAAACAGUUCCCAUUGAGGGCCGGCGCCACGGGUUCCGUGCAGUCCAACAACUUCCCCGCCAACAAGAAGUAUCUGCUGGCCUUCAAGGGCAAGCGCUACGUGCACGGCAUUGGUUCGGAGACCCGCAACUCGCUCUUCCAUUUGCACAACGGACGCGACAUGGUCCUGGUCACCACCUGUCGCCACGGGAAGAGUUGGCGGGAGCUGCAGGAUAAUCGCUGCGACGAGGACAACCGCGAGUACGACAGGUACGACUACGAGACCCUACUGCAAAAUUCCACUUUCUGCUUGGUGCCGCGUGGACGUCGUUUGGGUUCCUUUAGAUUCCUCGAAGCCUUGCAGGCUGGAUGCAUUCCCGUACUAUUGUCCAAUGCCUGGGUGUUGCCGUUUGAAUCGAAAAUCGAUUGGAAGCAGGCAGCCAUUUGGGCCGAUGAGCGCCUUCUGCUGCAGGUGCCCGAUAUCGUGCGCUCCAUAUCGGCGGAACGCAUCUUCGCCCUUCGCCAGCAGACUCAGGUCCUGUGGGAACGCUACUUUGGCUCCAUUGAGAAAAUCGUCUUCACAACAUUCGAGAUCAUACGCGAACGACUGCCGGAUUAUCCGGUGCGGAGCAGUCUGGUGUGGAACAGUUCGCCGGGCGCUCUGCUCACGUUGCCCACCUUCGCCGACAGUUCAAGAUACAUGCCGUUUCUGCUGAACUCAAUGGGUGCGGAACCACGUCACAAUUACACGGCGGUUAUCUACGUCCAGAUUGGCGCCGCCCUGGGUCCGAAUGCAGCGCUUUACAAGCUAGUCAGGACCAUCACGAAGAGCCAGUUCGUGGAGAGGAUCCUUGUCCUUUGGGCAGCCGAUCGACCGCUGCCCUUGAAGAAACGCUGGCCCCCCACCAACCACAUACCCUUGCAUGUGAUUUCCUUGGGGGGCAGCACGAGGAGCAGCCAGGGAGCUGGACCCACAAGCCAGACGACUGAGGGACGACCGAGCAUAUCACAACGAUUCCUGCCCUACGAAGAGAUUCAGACGGAUGCCGUACUGUCGCUGGAUGAAGAUGCCAUACUCAAUACGGAUGAACUGGACUUUGCCUACACGGUGUGGAGGGAUUUUCCCGAGCGCAUCGUUGGCUAUCCGGCGAGAGCUCACUUCUGGGAUGAUUCCAAGAACGCCUGGGGCUAUACGUCCAAGUGGACGAACUACUAUUCAAUUGUGCUAACUGGGGCGGCAUUCUACCACCGCUACUACAACUACUUGUACACCAACUGGCUGUCGUUGCUGCUACUUAAGACUGUACAGCAGUCCUCCAACUGCGAGGACAUCCUAAUGAACCUGCUGGUCUCGCACGUGACCAGGAAGCCGCCGAUCAAGGUGACGCAGCGCAAGGGCUACAAGGAUCGGGAGACGGGCCGUUCGCCCUGGAACGAUCCCGACCACUUUAUCCAGCGCCAGAGCUGCUUGAAUACCUUUGCGGCGGUCUUUGGCUAUAUGCCGCUGAUACGUUCCAAUUUGCGCAUGGAUCCCAUGCUGUAUCGUGAUCCAGUUUCCAAUUUGCGCAAGAAAUAUCGCCAGAUCGAGUUGGUCGGCAGCUAGCGAUAUGUGCAUCCUGGCAAUAGCUACAAGCGUUAAGAGUACUGAAUACAUAUACACCACACAACCACAGCCACAGCAAUACCAAUACUAAUACCAAUACGAACACAGACAGACACAAACACAAACACACACAUAAGUUUAGAUGAAAUGCUGUUUUUUGACGCUGGCCAAGCGAUGCAAGAACUAUGUUAAUUAUUAUUAGUAGCGAAAAGAAGGAAGGAAGGAACUUAGUUAGGAGCCAACGGGCGUUUGUAAAUGUAUGCAUGUGUACAUCGAUGUGAGCAUCCGGCAUCCUUUGCAGUUAUAUAUGCAAUGUGUAUAUAUAGACUCUAAAUACGAUUAUGUGAAUUAGCCUAGUUAACUUAACUGCAAGCGAAGCAAACGAUUUUUGCCAUCUUUUUUGCUAAUUUCAAAUUAGCUGCGCUUAGCAAAUUUUCUAUAUGCAUACAUAAAUGGAUAUAUGUAUAGGGACAUAAGUAGCCGAUUUUUUGUACUGUGUGAGUUGAGUUUUGUAUGUGUAAAUGUUUGUAUGUCCUUGUUGUAACUCUCCGUGUAUAGUUAGUGAUUUAUCAAUGUGAACGAACGUAUGUGCGGACAUGGCAAAGUCGUCUCCUUUUCAGUUUUGAAUUCCAACUCGAGGCUCCUUGAAUUCCGUUUAUAAAGCUAGAGAAUCGACUGCAUCUUCUGAUUAUCCGUGGCCAUUAUGGAGCAACAGCAGCCAACUUUUUUCAGGCCAUUCAGCAAUGUGUGCACAAAAUCCGCAGAGGAGAAGCAAUUAACUAAUGCUAAGUUAAAGGUUUAAGUAGCUUUCCAUUUCCAAUUUGUUAUGUGCAAUUUAUUAUUUGGACAACUCAGCUUUUAAUUCUUAACGUGGCCAUUUAUUGAAGUACGUAAAUCAAUUAUCAAUAUGCAAUCAACUUUUUAAUCACACGCGCAUAUCAAGAAGAGAGACUCCCCUCACAAGGGAGCGUUUUAUGUUUAAGCUACAAGAAGAAAUUUCUAUACAUAUACUAUAGCAAAAGUAUAUUUCUAUACCUAUUUUUUACAACAAAUAUACACGAUUGCAGAUAAAUUUGAUGCCUUUGUUUUAUUAUUUUAUUUUUAAUUUACAUUUUUUCUUGGCAAAGUCAAUUUCCAAGUGCGAAGGGCAAUAAGAGCUAAAAGCAAUAACUAUGCUUCAACAUAUCAAAUGAUUUUGAAACUACCGUUUUGUGUUUAUGCUUAUUGAUUAUUGUUUUGGUUACUUUUUAAAUAUUUUGGAACUCUAUUUUGUAUUAAUUUUCAUAUAUUUGAUAUCUGAUAUUUUUUUAUGCAUACUGUUUUAUAUAUAUGUUUAAAAUUGUAAUACACUUGAAACUGAAUGUUUCUCUGAAUAAUUUAAAACAUUUGAUUACAUUUUUUGUAACUAUAACUGCUCUAUUAUUUUAUAUUUGUAACCUUUUUAGUUAAAUGGUUCUUAAGAACCGAACGACAGACUAUAGUGGGAAAUCGAUUGACGCCAACUUGGAAUAUUGCCCAAACUCUCGAAACUCUUGACUGCCAAACGGCGAAAUUGUUUAGCAUUUAUCAGUCAAAUAUGCUUAUCGGCAGCAUGAAUAUAUACGAAUAUGAAUGGAUAUGGUAUGGAUGCUGUGCGGAUGUCAAAACAUGACUGCGCCAGCGAGCAGACAGAAUAAGAGACGGAAUGCAGCGGACGGACAGGGACGACAAAUGCAAUGAAAUGUUCCCUAUCAGCAUGCACAUAAAUCAAACAUUUCAAACAAACAUUUUUGCCGUUGACUACGAAUAAUAAUAAUCAAAAAUGCCAGCUAUAUGGAUAUGCAUAUUCGGAAUGUGUGUGGCCCAAGGCGAAGGAUAUGCACAGCACACACACACAUGAAGCACACUCACAUACACUGCGACAUCUACAUACGUAUACAUAUAGGCAACUGAAAUGUUGAAACCGAAUCAGAUCAAAUUUUGUACAGUGCGUUUUAUUUUUUGUAUCUGUGUGUAAAGGAUAUUUGUAUUAUAACUCGUAUAUAAUUGUAUUUGUGAAUUUGUAUUUGACACAACAACAAAGACAAGGUAAACGAAAACGAAAACACAAAAAACAGACAAUUGCACUUUUUAUACAGAUUUAACAAACAAAAAGGUAAACA